AUGACAUAAGAUUGAUAAUUGAUUGUCAUUAUUGAACUGGAGAAUAAAUUCAUGCAUUAUUUAUUCCUCUGAUUCUUGUAGAGUUGUAAGUUGUAACUAAUAUAACUUGUUAUUUGUUAUGUUGUUUGUUUACCAGUUAAAUCAAUAAGUUGUACAGUAGCAUAGGGAUCCAAAUAGAUAAAUAAGGUUAAGUAUACAUAAGUGCCAUUAAACUACUAAAAUGCUCCGGCAUUCUCUUAGGUUUAUUAAAUCGAGACAUCAUUGCGGGCCUGUAUUAUGCAUAUUAAAUGGGUGCUCUGGUACUAAAACUUAUAGUACUCUGGGAUCUCAAUUAGUCAAGUUAAAAGCAAAACAGCAACCAAUAUUAAAUGGCUUUAAUUACCGCACAAUGUUUAUUCAAACACAGGACACACCCAAUCCAAAUAGCAUGAAAUUUCUUCCUGGUCAACAAGUGCUUGAAUCUGGACAGACCAUGGAUUUUCCAAAUAUUGGAGCAGCACAGUGCAGUCCAUUGGCAAAAAUGAUCUUCCGCAUUGAUGGAGUAAAAGCAGUGUUCUUCGGUUCAGAUUUUAUAACAGUUACGAAACAAGAUGAUGAUGUUGAGUGGAAAUUAUUGAAGCCAGAUAUUUUUGCUACUAUAAUGGACUUCUUUGCUAGUGGGUUGCCAGUAAUUAAGGAUGUACAGCCAUCAGGGGAUACUCAAAUUAAUGAAGAUGAUGAUGAAAUAGUGCAGAUGAUUAAAGAGCUGUUAGAUACAAGGAUUAGGCCUACUGUACAAGAAGAUGGCGGUGAUGUAUUGUUUGUAGACUUUAAGGAUGGAGUGCUCAGGCUUAAGAUGCAAGGAUCGUGUUCUUCUUGUCCCAGCUCAAUUGUAACUCUGAAGAACGGGGUUCAAAAUAUGAUGCAGUUCUAUAUUCCCGAAGUGCUAUCUGUUGAGCAAAUUGAUGACGAGGGUGAGAAGAUGAGUGAGAAAAUAUUUAAAGAGUUCGAGCAGCUGAAACAAAAGGAGCAAAGCAAGAAGUCUGACUGAAGGCAAAUAUUUUUUUUUAACCUUUUAAACCUCAUAAAUCUCCAUAUUUUCCCCAUACUUUACGUUUCAAAUAUAUUUAUUUUACUCGUAGGACACUAAGUGCCUUGGCUAUGUCAAUAACAAAGAAAAAUCGAAACUUUAACUUAUACGUAGAUGGAGUCUCUUGCUGUUAGACAACCGAUAAAAACAGGCCAGGAAUAUUAGCUUAGAACAGCGCUGUCGCUAGUGAAAUUAUUGGGAAAAUGAGACUUAACAUCUUAUGUCGCGAGGUGACGAGCGCUAGUAUUGUAGUGCCGCUCAGAUUGUUUGGCGCCGCAUUGUAAUGAAGAGGGCGUAUCAAUUAUCAUCAGCCGAACUUCCUGCUCGUCUCGCGCCUUAUUGUCAUAAAAAAACAUAAUUUUUGAUUUUUGUAUGUUUUUUUUUAUUUGUUCCCGCUUAACUCCGAGAUGGUUUAACCCAGGAUAUUUCUCACCACCUUGGGGUCUAGUUUAGAAGUCCAUGCAGACAAAGUUCCUGGCUUAACUACAUACAUAAUAUAAUUGUAUUUCCUUUUCUCAAUACACUAGGUAUGUGUAUAUAAUAUACCGGGUACUUACUAAUCCAAAUGAAAAACUUUAAUUCUAGAUUUUGCAAUUUGUUCAUUAUAAACAAGUUUGAAAUAGUAAUAUAAGUUUUCAUGUCAGAAUAUAUAAAUAAUGUGACAGCGCUGAUAUUAAUAUGGCUUCCUUUCAAAACAAGAUUUGUAAAUAGUAUAGAUACUUUUGUGAUGAAAGUAUAGCUAUUAUUGUUGUGUAAAAAAUAUGUAAACUAUUGUUCUAGUGUAAAUAAAGAUGAAUUGUUUUUG